AGCGACUCGGAGCGAGUGCUUUCACAUCGUUCAGGAGACUAGACUCUGGAAAUUGGACGUGCAGGAGGCUGCAUUGCUCAAUUUUGUGCAAGAAGCUGAGCACGGAGCCGCCAGAACGCAUGCACGUUUGGAAGAAGGCAGGAAGGUCCUUAGAAGUUAGAUUGAUCGAACUUACAAAAGUUGAAAGAUCCUCAAACCCAAGCGUCAUAGUUUGAUUGCACUCAAGCAGUGUUCCAAAUCAAUGCUGAGUCCUAUCGUCUGCAGUAUUGAAAAGUAGCGCAGGUCCAGCAUUUGUUCCAUACAAAGCGGCAGAGCGUGUCCUAACGAGGUUCCAAUCAGAAGUUCAAGCUUUUUCCUGGAUGGGCCUAGAAUAGCUUGCAGUCUAGUUUGUUGAGCAUGUCACUCUUCCGGGUCCGCCUGGCUUCUUUCGCCGCAGGUUUCGCGGUGGCCGGGGGCCUGGCCAUCUACCAGCUUCAAAAGGAUCUAUGGGCAAGUCACAAAGUGUUGUCCGAACAGGCUGCUAAUUAUCAAGCCACUGUGGAGAAGCGACUAGCGAAACUGGAGGCAGGAAGCAAGUCACCACCUUCUGCUUUGUCUGAAGGUCUGGCAGAGUUGCGGUUUUCAGGCUCAAGUUUAGGCUCAGUGCAACCACAAGAGAUCAAACAGGAACAAGAAGCUUCGCAGACUUUCUCCACAGACUAAGGGAUCUAUUGUCAAGGUUUUGCUUCAUUCGAGUUCCAAGCUGGGAGCAGCAGUCAAUUCAGCAAGUCCACCCAAUUUGAUCGGAAGUGGUCGAGAAGCUAAAGCUUUUUGCUGUUCAAAUCCUUUUUGCAAUCUUGUCCUGUACGAAAGACAUCAUGCAGCAGAUUCACUAAUCUGCUUGCAAGACUCUCCCUAAUCCUGUUACGAGGAGUCUCAAUCACCCAACACCUCCUUGAAAGAUUCGAAGACGAUUCGAUCAUCAAUCGAUCAUCAAUCGAUCCGCUUCACGUGCUCCCAC